AUGUCCUCAGGCCGAGGCGGCCUAGGCCUAGGCCGCAGUGGGCGAGUCCCUCUUCUCGGCCUGCUCUGCGGAGCCCGAGCGGGAGCAGCGGGAGCGGCCCGGGCGGCCCGGUCCGCAAGGCAUGCGAGGCGCAUGCGUCGUGGGCGGCGGGAGCGGCUCGAGGAGCAGAUCGAAGCAUUCCGGGCUGCCGUGUGUCCAAAGCCGAGCGAUCGCUUGAGGCGAGCGAAACUUCUUUCCAAACUCGAGAAGAUUUCAAAGCAGCUGCUGGGCUCAGACGUUCAAGUUCUUGGGUACGGCUCUUGCUUCAGUGGCGUGGGAGAAAGCGAUGCCGAAAUUGAUGCAACCGUCUACAUCCCAAUGACUCCAGCACGAGCAGCUGAGCUGAAGACGGUUGCUGCAACCCGGUCUCGACAGAUGCGCGCGAUCGUCAACAAGUGUUCACAGCUUGGGCUGCAGACGUCUGACAACUUUGGGGUCAGGCGUGGCACGGCAUGCAUAGAGGAGUCCGCCUCUGUGCACUUGAGUGGCAACCUUUGGCGAACCUACACAGCCGCAAGAUGCAUCCUGAGCUGUCAGCGCCUGAUGCCACUCUACAGCUCCCACCUAGUUCGUGUGCAUCUCAGCUCUGUGCAGAGCCCCACCGACAGAAUCGUGCGUGGAUGGACCCGACUUGCGAAAGCAUUCUGCAGUUCCGAGGUCCAGGUAUGUGAUGGGCUACCAUCCCUGCACACUCUGGCCAGAAAGGAUGCUGAAGGCAUUGUCUCCAACGACCGCUUUGACACAGUGUUUGUACCGUUUCAAGAUGUGGACAAGGUGGGUUACAAGGGGCUCAAGGGCAUAUCCUCUGGAGACCUGCUCUUGAGCUUCUUCGACUUUUUCGCCUACAAAUUUGACUGGAAGAGAGAAGUCGUCUCUGUGCGAGAGGCUUCGCGACAAACGAUCGAAUCUCCUUGUUUUCAGAAUCUCUGGGGCAGAACGAAGAAGGCCGGCCUACAUGUUGAAGAUCCCAUCGAAUUGGGAAGGAACCUCAAUAAUACCGUGAGCCCCGACAUAGUGGAGCGUUUCCGAGCGCUUCUGAUCGAUACUGCCGACAAAGCGCGCUCGAAUCCGGACUUGGAGGAGUUGAUCUGUCUGGACGGGAGGCCAAUGCCCAGAGCGGGCACCUGCGAAGAGCCACAGCAACUCCAGGCUACGAGGCAUUUGGAGUUGCCUGACCUGGAAUCACCAAGCUGCGAAUGCAUGGUGUGUGGUCGAAAGUUUUCAGGUGCAUGGUCUCUUCGGCAGCAUGAGGUGGACACCGGGCACUUCCACACAGACGACGCGACGCAACUUUUGUCACAGAGAGAGCAGGAUGCUGCUGCAGCUGCAGAUGCCUGGAGCCGACUGGAUGAUGCAUUAUCUGAGGAGUAA